GUUUUUUUGAGUCAGUAAAUCAGGACGAAGGGGGACGUAUCCAUCCCAGGACCUCCCCUACCGCCCGUCACCAUGACAACAGCCGUGGAUGGUGCUGGUCGGGGAGCCGAGGGGGGGCAUGCGGAGCUCAGACAGGUGUUGCUGGGGUCUGCGCAUCGCCCGUGAGAUCGUUCGGCGGCAUGGGGGCUGAGAGAACACCGACGCAAUCGCAACAUAGUUCCCCGUGUGUUCGGCAAUUUGGCUCUUCGAAGUACGGGAUCUAAGGAUCGCAGCAGACCCACUGAUCGCCGCCAUGGUGCACCACUCGGGCUCCAUCCAGUCCUUCAAGCAGCACAAAGGCAUGCACACCAGCAUCAGCGAGAUCCUGAAGGAGAAGAGCCUGAAGCCGUCUCGCCGCAGCCUGCCCUGCCUGGCCCAGAGUCAGACUCAUCCGAUCAACCUCAACCACUUCCUGUCUGUGCCUCUGAGCCCGGAGCCCAAACCAGAAGUCGAAGUCCUGAGUCAGGGCAUCAGCACUUCCUGCAGCCUCCUCCCCCCACAGACAGCAGAGGAUGGCAAGGAUCAUUAUACAGAGGAGUCCGAGGUGACUACGUGUGAAACGAGGGCAGAUGAGUCAUUUCUGCUACGAAAGCCUUCCACUCGUGUUAAAUUAGAGGCUCGCACAGAUUCACUUAAGGGAAAGAAUCCUGCUGACUCCUCUGGGCUCUUUUUCCGAGAUGGGAAAAAACGUAUUGACUACAUCCUGGUUUACAAGAAGUCCAGUCCACAGGUGGAGAAAAGGUGCACGUUUGAGAAGAAUUUGCGUGCUGAGGGCCUGAUGCUGGAGAAAGAGCCCUCUUUGACAAACAACGACAUCAUGUUUGUGAAGGUCCAUGCUCCUUGGGAUACGCUUUGCAAAUAUGCAGAGCAGAUGAACAUCCGAAUGCCUUUCAGGAAAAAAUGUUACUUUAAGGACUGGAAGAGUAAGACCUUGAGCAGCCGGUUUCAUCGGAGAUGUUGUCAGAUGAAAAGCUGGCUUCCCAGAAAUCCCAUGAAGCUGGACAAAGAGGCCUUGCCUGACCUGGAGGAAACUGACUGCUACACAGCCCCCUUCAGCAGAGCACGCAUGCAUCACUUCACAAUCAGCAACAGACACACCUUCUUCUCCAAUUCCACCAGAAGCAGGAUAGUCCAUCACGUCCUGCAGCGCACCAAGUACGAGGAUGGAAAACCAAAGAUGGGUAUCAACCGGUUAUUGGGCAACAACACAUUUGAGGCGGCAUUUCCUCCUCAUGAGGGCGGUUACAAGAGCAGACAUCCUAUCAAGACGCAUGGUCCUCAGAACCACAGGCAUCUUCUGUACGAGCGCUGGGCCCGCUGGGGCAUGUGGUACAAAUACCAGCCUCUUGACCUCAUCAGGCGUUACUUUGGUGAGAAAAUCGGCCUUUACUUUGCAUGGUUGGGCUGGUACACCGGCAUGUUGAUCCCAGCAGCCCUGGUUGGCGUUUUUGUCUUCCUCUAUGGUCUCUUCACUAUGGACUCGAGUCAAGUCAGUAAAGAGAUAUGUGAAGCCAACACUACCAUCAUGUGUCCUAUGUGUGAGGAGACCUGUGACCCAUGGACGCUGAGUGACAGCUGCGUCUACGCAAAGGUGACCCAUCUGUUUGACAACGGUGGAACUGUGUUCUUUGCUAUCUUCAUGGCUAUUUGGGCCACAGUAUUCCUGGAGUUCUGGAAAAGGAGGAGGGCAGAGCUGACUUAUGACUGGGAUCUCAUUGAUUGGGAGGAGGAAGAGGAGGAGCUGAGGCCUCAGUUUGAAGCCAAGUACUCCAGGGUGGAGAGAGUCAACCCCAUCUCUGGCAAGCCUGAGCCUUUCCAGCCCUUCUCAGACAAACUCAGCCGACUCAUGGUGUCUGUGUCCGGAAUAUUUUUCAUGAUUUCCCUCGUUCUCACAGCCGUGUUUGCCGUGGUGGUUUUCCGUCUCAUUGUGAUGGAGAAGUUCGCCUCCUUCAACUGGAAGUUUGUGAAGAAGAACUGGCAGUUCGCCACCUCUGGCACCGGUGUCUGCAUCAACUUCAUGAUCAUCAUGUCGCUCAACGUGGUGUAUGAAAAGGUGGCCUAUCUGCUGACUAAUUUAGAGCACCCGCGGACCGAGUCUGAGUGGGAGAACAGCUUUGCUCUGAAGAUGUUCCUGUUCCAGUUUGUAAAUUUGAACAGCUCCACAUUUUACAUCGCUUUCUUUCUUGGAAGGUUUGCUGGCAGGCCGGGAAAAUACAAUAAACUCUUUAAUCGAUGGAGACUGGAGGAGUGUCACCCAAGCGGCUGUUUGAUUGAUCUGUGCCUGCAAAUGGGAGUCAUCAUGUUCUUCAAACAAAUCUGGAACAACUUCAUGGAGCUUGGUUAUCCUUUGCUGCAGAACUGGUGGUCUCGUAGGAAGAUAAAGAAAGGAGGUGGAGGAGGAGGGCCAAAUGUAGAGAACAAAGCCCAGCUUCCACAGUGGGACAAAGACUGGAAUCUGCAGCCGAUGAACGCCCAUGGACUGGUGGACGAAUACCUUGAAAUGGUUCUCCAGUUUGGCUUCACCACCAUCUUUGUAGCAGCCUUCCCGCUGGCUCCUCUCCUGGCUCUGCUCAACAACAUCAUUGAGAUUCGUCUUGACGCCUACAAGUUUGUCACUCAGUGGAGAAGGCCCAUGCCUGCCCGAGCCACUGACAUAGGUAUCUGGCAUGGGAUUCUCGAAGGUAUCGGCGUGCUGGCAGUCAUCACCAACGCCUUUGUCAUUGCCAUCACCUCCGACUACAUCCCCCGCUUUGUUUACGCCUUCAAAUAUGGCCCAUGCAUGGACAAGGGACAUAACCACGAGGAUGAGUGUUUGCGAGGCUACAUGAACAGCAGCUUGUCUGUGUUUGACAUGGGCACGAACAGCAACCAGUCAAGGUACUGCAGGUACAGAGACUACAGAGCACCGCCCUGGAGCUCAGUUCCAUAUGAAUUCACCCUGCAGUUCUGGCAUGUCCUGGCUGCCAGGCUGGCCUUCAUCAUCGUCUUUGAGCACCUGGUGUUUGGGAUCAAGUCCUUCAUUGCAUACCUCAUUCCGGACAUGCCGAAGGAUCUCUGCGACCGCAUGAGGAGGGAAAAGUACCUGAUGCAGGAGAUGAUGUACGAAGCAGAACUAGAGCACCUGCAGAAGGAGAGAAAAAAGAACGGACGGCGGUAUCACCAUGAGUGGCCUUAGCUUUACCCCAAUGUCUCCACUACACGCCUCACAGCUCACAGGCACAACCUCCCCUGCCCCUAUUUAUGUAUUUUAGCUUGGAGAGCUUCUCUCAGCUGAUUCUGUACACCAAAGACACCCUCUUCAGUGACCAGCCUGUUUGGCUUCAGCCCAAACUCCGACCUUGACCCCGCCCUCACCAUCUGUUCCGUGAGCUUCUCUUGGUUUCUGCUUCUUACCCUCUUUGCCCCGCCCCGAUUCUUAACCUGGCUGCAUCCAGCAGGUCGCCCUUGGGUCUGUGCUGUGAAAUGGCUUUACUGAGGAAACCUCUGCAAUUACAAAGUUUACUAUGCAGAUCAAGGGCUGCAGAACACCACUGUUUACUUUUGGCAUCCAUCCUGCAGUCUUCUCUGUGUGGCAGUUAGCACUUCGCUUUGGCCCUGCAGUCGGGUGCAGCCCACAGCAUGGCCGUGCAUUUCCACUACGAGUGGCAGCUGAGCCACCGGUUAUGUGACAGAGCUGCUGUGGCACUUGGCGCUUUAUUGUUGCAAAAGUGAUUCUGGUAUUGUGGCUCCCAAAUGUAUUGGACUGUUCUUGCAAAUUGACUGUAUAUUGCCCUUGAAGCAUGCUGAUUAAAAUUUGCUACCAUUUCAUAAACUGCAAAAAAAAACAAAAAAACAGCACUCCUCAUUGAGGGUGUUAACAUCCAUUCAGUACAUUUGACAAAUAAUUCUCUAUGAAAUCAUAUUAAGUGCAUGAUGGUUUUGUUUUGGACCUUUCUGACAGACUGUUGUGAUGCCUGGUUCACAUGUGUCUGUACUCGGUGUGUGCUGUGUAUUAAUCUUUGUCUGUGCAAGUGCUGAGCUUGACUGUCUUAAGUUGAGGAAAUGUGAACUUCGUGCAAUUUGAUUGUGCCUACAGUUGUGCGCACCACAAUUGUGUCACCAAAAUCACGGGUGCCUGUUUGUGCUGCACAUGCUUUUUCAAGUGCAAGAAAUACUCUCUCUCCUUGUUCUGUCGUCUGAUCUUCCGUAAACUCUCUGAACUCUCCUGUCAGGAUUAGAUUUGGACGCGAGUCACACCGCAGUACCAACUCGGGUCUCAGCUAAUGGCUCCGAAAAACAUAGACAGUGUACGUUGUAACGUGACUCCCAUCAGGAACAAUGUAUACGCUCAGACGCUCGAGCUACAAAUCUGCUCUUCCGUUCUGCGCUGGCAGCCUGUUUUUCAUUUGCUGUUGGAAGCCUUGAAGCGUGGUUGAAACUUGGAUCACUGAGGCAUACCUGUGGCUUGGAUGUUCAGUUUGCAAAGAACAUUCAUCCACUGCUCCUCACUCAGAAAGUACACGUACAUUCUUCACUUCUAGUGUUUUACUCAGCAGAUGUGGUUACAGCUGAUUCCUGGCCUAUAUCAAUGUGAAAAUUAGAAAUUAGGUUCGGUUAAAAGCAGAAUCAUGACAUUGCCUUUUAUUGUGGUGAGUUCUGAUGUCAUGGAUUAGAGCAAUAUUGCCCAACAAGAACUCACAUCUAUAUCUAUGAGGCUGAGUCAGAAUCACAGAAAUUCCUUGCUUCAUUCAUGUUGGGGUGGAAGGUUAUGGAUGCAAAGUGAAGUAUAAAUGAAGGAGUUUUUAUUAGUAGUUGAUGGAAACUUAAUCUCAGUACAGGUCGUUUUGAUAGUUUUGUGGUAAAUAGGAUGUUGGUAAAGAUUGAGAGCUAACCACAUUAUGCCCAGUGAAAGUGAAAGGCACACCAAUGUAACAUCUGAAGGUGAAGGAUAUCACAACCCUUAAUGCAUCGUGCAACACUGAGAAACGUAUUCCUCAUUUUGCAAGAAUUGUACAUUAUUUGCAUUAAUUUAUUUUGAUGUUCUUUGUAUAUACAUUUCAUCAUGUACGCUGUAAUGUUUUUUAUACUAUUUAUUUUUCAGUCCACCCGUUUUCACCCUCAGAUUGACAAAUGUCCACAUUUCUCAGGUGUCCUCUGAAUGUUUGCAGAUUAUCUACAUUUUAUCAUAUUUUCUAUGAUGCAAUCAAAGUUGUCCUGCUUUUUUAGACAUAUAUUUUUGCACUGCAUUGCAUGACUAUAAUACACAUUCACGAUUAAAAGCAUGUUUGAUUUUCUUUUUGGAUAAUCCCAGUAGGUAUAUAAGAGCAGAACGAAAAUCAUGGAAUAUUGAUAUACAGUUAAUUAUAGAGACUUAUGAUGCAGGUCGUUGGAUUUAUAAUACUUAUGCUUUGAGGUCAUAAUGUUAAGUCCAGUCAUGCAUUAUCAUUUUAUGCACAAGAGAGAGAGAUUUGUUGAAAAAUCUUAUUCCAAUAUUUAGAAAACUAGUCAAGGUUUUCAGAAUAUCUUCCCUGCUAUGUGAACAUAGAAAAUCUAUGCAUGCUGUUGUCCCUGAGUGCUCCAUUUCUUUUGAACAGAUGCAGAUGUAAAUGUACUGGCACAUUUGUACCGUAGUGUAUGCAUGACCUAACACCUGCUUUGAGCAGGGCUAACUUCUGUAAAGUUGUUAACAGCAUCUAAAACAUAUCACCUCCCUUUUUCAGUGUUGAUCAAUUCUGGAGGUCGGGGACGAGGUUUCUUGAUGUGGCAGAAUUUUAUACUGUAAGAGUAUUUUAUAAUUACUGAUUAAUUUAAUCUGUCCUGGACUGAGUUUCAAGGACAGUCUGAUAAAACAAAACUCAGACUCGUUAUGUUUGUACACUCGAUUGGAAAUAAGAAUUAUGUUUACCUUCUAACAGCCGAAGUGUUUGAACCUAAUGUGAUAGGGGUGACGUUAUGAAUAAUUACAUGUCCUUGGAUGUUUGGCUUGCCCUGCUACUAAUCCUUUCUGGAUGGAUCUUUUUCCUGUUGUCUUCUCUCCUCUGAGAGCAUUGGUUCAAGUUCUCACUUAUACAAAUGCUGCACAGUGGUGGAAAGGUGUUUCAGGCCUUCUAAUGUUGGCAAUAGCACAAUAUGGGUAUUGUGUAAUAAGUAAUAAUGGCAUGAGCUUGCACAUCUCUGAAAACAUGGCGGUCUAGAGAGGAUUAAGCUUCUGCUCUACUGUGUGCUUCCUAAUAGGAUGAGCAAACGAGGUGCUUGACGUGGAAGCACAGUGACAUUGGAAAGAUUUAACUGUACAAUAGGAUGGUACCAGUCAUGACAUGAAGUGUAUCGGUAACAUUGUUUACUUCGUUCCUGUUUACAUGUAAAAACAUAUUGAAAUGUAUAAAAAUAAUAUAACAUAAAAUAAUUUGGAUAUCACUCUUUUCUGUAAUAAAUCAUGGAUUGUAUCUUAUAAUUCAAAUAUGGUCUCUUUAUUCAUGUUUCUUUUAAUAGUUCAACAUGGCAGACAGGCCGACACUGGGCCUAUAGCUGAUAUCAUCCUCAUGACCAUUCAAGUAUAACUAAAUCUGCUUAUGGAACAAAUCAGAGCACAG